GACGUUUCUAAUAAUCGGUAGUGAAGUGCAGUUUGUCGAAUUUGUCAAAGCUUCUCUAUUUUGCAAUUUCAAUUCAUUUUUUUUAUAAUUUCAAUCAUUUUUUGUACAUCCCUUUCUCAUUCAAAAUAUGAAUACGAAGCGGUGACACUUCGAUUAAAAAUCGGGCGCUGAAAUCAAUUUGACCAAACAAGAGUUACCAUCGAACAACAACACAGCAGACGUAACUGAUACCGUUAAGGUGGCCUGUUCAAUAAGAUUUAAUUCUGUCAAGGAUAAGAAAGAUACACUCGACAAACUAAAAAUUUCGACGAAAAAUGUCGUACGUUAGCGAUUUAUCAAUAGCCGUGAUUUGCUCGUCAAAUAUGAACCGGUCGAUGGAAGCUCAUGGCUUUCUGGCGAAAAAGGGCUUCAAAGUGCGAUCGUUUGGCACUGGCGAAAAGGUUAAACUGCCUGGCACAUCCGCUGACAAACCGAAUGUGUAUGAAUUCAGCCAGUAUUCCUAUGACGAUAUCUACAACGAUUUGACCAACAAGGAUAAAGCCUAUUACACACAGAACGGAUUGCUUCACAUGUUAGACCGAAAUCGUAGAAUCAAAAAGCACCCAGAAAAGUUCCAAACCUGCACGGAACGAUUCGAUAUAAUUAUUACAGCCGAAGAGCGUGUCUACGAUCAGGUGAUCGAAUUCAUGGAAUCCAAAGAGCCGGUUUACAAUCAACCGGUUCACGUCAUUAACAUGGACAUACAGGACAACCAUGAAGAGGCAACACUAGGAGCGUUUUUAAUUUGCGAUAUGGUAUCCAUGAUGAGCCAAUCAAAGGAUCUAGACAAUGACAUUGACGAGCUGCUUCACGAUUUUGAAGUAAGGUCACAGCGGCCCGUGUUCCAUUGUGUUCUAUUUUAUUAGGGCGAAUGGCAUACACGGUUUUCCAGCAUAGUCAUUCUAAAAUCUUGAAUUUUGACGAUCGAAACCGAUUCUUGUUCGAUGCAUCAGCAGACAUUGUUUUAUUAAUUUUUUCAUUUUAGCAAACGAAAUGUAAGAAAGAGAAAGAAA